CUGCAACAAGCGACGUCGUGGAGAUGUUGCGCUCUAUGGUGCGUAUCAAAGGAGCAAGUGAAUCACUUUCAAAAGAAUCAUAGGGCCGAAAAAAAAAAAAAUUCGGAGCGUCCCCAACUGCCGUAGCGCCUGCAGCUUUUUUCCCCGCGCCAAACACAGCUGGUCGGUAGAUUGCAGUGGGCGAAUGCUUGGGAAGGCUGCGACCAAAGGCCCCAGGCGUCGCAUUUUGGUAAGGAGAGGACUGCGAGAUGUAGCGCGCAGAAGAUGCCAUAGAGGAUACCCCAAGACCAGCCCCAAAGCACCAUACCAUGGUGCAUAAUGCUACCCCGCAUGGUGCUACUGGCGCAUUAUUCUUACUCUUUCCUUACUCUACUGUUACCAAGUGGCGGAAGUGGAACAGUGGAGGUGUAAUCACUUGAGAUGCUCAGCCUGUUUCAGACGAAAAAAAAGUCAAACCCACUUGAUAUCUGCUUGGGUGAUUUGACGCGAAAAAGACGUCUUUCGGGCAUCAAUUUGAUGCCAAAAGUCGCGACUUUUUGCAGGGGUGAUUCAAGCAGAUACUAAGCGGGACGAGUCAAAUGAAUCAUAGGGCUAACUGAUAGCUACAAAACGCAAGGUGAUUACACCUCUUUUUUUGCUUCGAAAAAGAUGAACUUUUGGCAAAAAUUGACCUUUUUUCAGAAAAUGCGACACCCUCGAGACGCUACGCCCGACGGUAUGGAGGUGUAAUCACUUCAGUUUUGUGGUGCCGCUUUUCCUAUCUUUAGCAAUGGGCUUUUGCUUGGUAUUUUGGGUUGUGAAUGCUUCCCCCGAGUUGUUUGCGAGCUAUUCAGGCGCGAUGGCCCCAGCAUCCACCUAUGGCCAUUGCGUUCGUCCCCCGUAGCCACCAACCAAAUAGCGCAAACCUUAUCGAGAAAGGCGCGACUUUCCUGAGAAGCGUCGCUGUGUCUCAGGUUACUUGGUUGCAUAUGUUGGGCGCUACCUUAUGCGUGCGAGCCUGGCCAUGCACUGCGGUACUUGGAAAAAUUUUUUUUUCCGUAUGGUGAUUCAUUUGUACUGUGAUUCAUUUGCCCCUGUGAUAGUUGCAGAUGCAGCUCCAACAAGCGACGUCGUGGAGAUGUUGCGCUCUCUGGUGCGGGGAAACGAUUUUGUGCAUGGGUACGAUGAUCGUGAAGAGGACGAGGGUGAUCGUGUUUUUGUCGACGACAACAGCAAGAAAAACACAGCUUCGAGUCAUCAGCAGCGUCCUCUCAAGUCGUCGUGUGGUCCUCGCAGCUGCACCGAGAUGAAGGGUCUUCUGAAAAAUAAAUCUUCAGGAAUGAGAACACCGCCCGGCGAGGUGGACUACAACAAGAAGCAACAAGAUUCAU